UUAGGUAUAUAUGCAAUAUAUGCUUGUUUAAGAAAGAAUAGUUUGGAAUAGUUUUUGCACGUGAUUGCUAUUAGCUAUGCCUAUUAGCCAGAAACGUUGCUGCUGUAUUGUUUUUAAAAAACAAAGCUAUAUUUUGUAACAUCAGGUACACAUGCAACACGUGCUUGUUUAACAAGGAAUAAUUUGGAAUAAUUUUUGCAUGCAGUCCUGUGAAUCCUGCAUAUUGACCAGAAAAGUUGCUGCUGAUUGCUGCUAUAUUGUUUAUGAAAAACAAAGCUGGAUUUUGUAACAUCAAGUGAAAAAACUAUACAAAACAUAACUACACCAAGCGUUAAAAGACUGAAAAUUUAGCUGAACUUGAGUGUGUACUCAAGUACUUGUAAUUUAUAUUGCUUAAUCUCUCAACCUAACUUUAAUUUAAUCUCAGCAUAGAACUAAAAGAGUUCUCAAAAAGUAUAAUUAUCAAUAAUCUAUUAUUCGAUACCAUGGAUUUCGAUAAGUACAUUAAAGUAGAUCCAGAUGGGAUUUACAAUCUACAUUUUUUAAACAAGGACAAACUGACUGUAUCCGAGAUAAAGGAAAUAUUUUCAGUUUAUGGGAAUGUUUUAGCCGUAAAUGUUACUAAAGAUGAAGCUGGAUUUAGAUUUAUUAAGUAUGGAACCUUAGAUGAAACAAUAGCUUGUUUAAAAGGUUUACAAGAUGGUAGUAAGAUACAGUUAUUGCUAGAAAGAAGUAAAAUGAAAGAUAGAAAGAUGAUUAGAAAAGAUUUCAAUGGUGAAAACUUAUCAAACGAUGGAGGAAACAGCACUCAUAAAAUUUUCCAUGAGAAUGAUAUAUCUAACAACGUUUUAAAUACUUCUCAAAACUCUAUGUAUAAUAAUAAAUUUAUUUCAAAUAUAACUAAAGAAAAUUCAUCAGUGUUAAAUGAAAAAUCUUCAUUGUCCUUAAAACAAACUUCCAUGGAAAAUAAUUCUUCAGUUACAAUGGAUUAUGAAAAGUACUAUAGGACAACAAAAGACGGAGGUUUUAGCGUACAUUUUGCAAAUAAGAGAGGACUAUCCUUAGAAUAUAUAAAAGAUACGUUUUCAUCUUAUGGAAAUGUUGUAUCCGUAUAUGAGGGAAGCUGUCAAAAUGGAUUGAAAGUUAUAACUUAUAAAACAUUAGAUGAAGUGAUAAGUUGUUUAAAAGGUCUUCAAAAUGAUAGUCAGAUAUCAAUAUUACCACAAAAAGAUAAAUUAGGAGGCGAAGCAAGAGCAGCUAAUCAAAACAGUUUGAACCCAUGGCAGGCAACAAGGAUGGAAGAUACUUCACAAAAGAUGUUCAGCACUGAUAAACAAUCUCAUCAUGAGAAUAAUAAACAGGAAAAAUUGUCAGAAUAUAGAGGAAAACCAUUUUACAGUUCAAGAGCUUUUGAUAGGAAUAAAUUCCAAGGAGAUAACUUUUCAGAUAGUUCUCGCAAUUCAGGGAACGACUAUAAAUCUAAUGCGGACGAAAUUAAACAUAAGACUGCAGGUUCUCAAAUGUUUGAUGGAAUAUGCUCACCUUUACAACAAAAACUCAUUAAUAACGAAGAUCAUAAUCAAGUAACGAGUAAAAAGCAAGAAGAAACUAAAUUAUAUUCUUUAAUGACUGAGACAGAUAGCAAAAUUGAUAAAAAUAAGCGAUUUGGCAUACAUGAUCGGAAAAUGCCAAUGUUAGUUUCUGAUGCAGAAAUGAAGCCUAACGAAUCUGAUGUGAUGUCCGAUAGCUCAUUAUCAAACGAGACUAGGAAUUCGUCUAAAAUUGUGUACAUUCCAAUGCAAGACAUAAUUGUUGCUAAUAUUCAUAAAAAUUAUGGCGUACAUUACAUUUUACAUUUGUUUGAGAAAUACAGUCCAGUUUCAGCGACAGUUGUAAAGACAAUUUCCAAAAAUAAUAUACGAUAUUGUCACAUUUAUUUUAAAACUGUACAAGAUGCGAUAGCUGUUGAAGAAGAAUUUGAUAAUUUUGAUUUACUUGGAAAAAAUCUUAUUGUUUUACGAGAAUCACGUUUGAUAAAUGAACGGUCUAAAUAAUUUUGUCUUUUUUCUUAUAUCAAAUUAU